AUGGACUUCUUUUUUAAAGGAUUUCUCAAUAUCAACACCACUCUUAAACAAUUUGUGGAGCAAUUUGGAUUUGCAUUAGCUAAAAGAGUGAAAGAAGAGGAUAAGGAGACAUUUAAUUCGAACGAUCCACCACUGCAUUGUGCAACCGACCAUAUAUUUGAACAUGUGUUUCAAUUAUACACAUCUAGAAAAUUCUUUGAAUUUCAACAAGAAGUGAAAAACAUGAGUUACAACAAUGCUACAAAGAUUUCUGAUGAUGAAAAACAAUGUGUAUAUGAUGUCAUAGUGAGAAGACAAUGGUAUGGUCGAACUAAACGCACAAUUUUUCAAGUGACUAUGGAUAAGGGAACUCUAGAAGUAAGAUGUGAUUGCAAGAAUUUCGAAUUUAAAGGGAUUAUGUGUAGUCACUCAUUGCGGGUAUUUCACGAAGAGGAAUGCAAUUAUGUACCAGAACGGUACAUUUUAGAUCGAUGGAGAAAAGACUUGCCUAGGAAGUAUCUUAAGAUACCGGUUCCUUAUUAUUCGUUACUUAAGAAAAAACCUAAGGAGAUGAAAAGAUAUGAAAAAUUGCAUAAUACUUUCGAACCUAUCUCAACAGUGACAAUGACAAAUGAUAAGUUUUUUGAUGAGGUGUUGAGUUCUCUUUCUGACCUAAGUGUGAAGUCAAAAUCCAUCACAGAGGAUGAGCAUGGACUCAUGUCCCAAAGUUUGGAGAAUAUUGGUAAAGUUUAUGGUAGGCGAGUCCCUAAGAAGGUUGUCAACCCAUUUCUCACCCCCUCUCAUCUCAUCUUUCACCUCCCCCGAUUCUAG